UGGGGGGAGACAUCGCGGGGACCAUGAGGGGGCUCGGGGCCAUCGCGGUUUUGGGGUCGCUCCUGCUCCUGGCUGAGGCUCAGCGGAGAGCCUCCGGCCGGAGCCGUGGCCGGAGCCCGGCGUGGAGCGGGCGGCCGGGGCCGUUCCGAACCUGGGACUCGGAGCUUUACCAGCCCUGGCGGGACGGGACCCGCGACUGCUGGCGAGGUGGCGAUGUCACCUUCGACAUCAGCAACGACGCUCCCACCAUGGCGGGUGCCGAGGCCACCUUCUCCAUCGCCCUGCGCUUCCCGGGCAACCAGAGCGUGCUGCCCGAUGGCCGCGUGGUGUGGAGCCAGAACUGCACCGUCAAUGGCACACAGGUGGCCCGAGGUGACCCGGUGUUCCCGGAGCAGCCGGACGCCACCGGAGCGUUUCCGGACGGGCAGCCCAUGCCCAGGGGCAAGCGCGGCAAGUUCGUCUACGUCUGGUGGACCUGGGGGCGGUACUGGCAGGUGGUGGACGGCGCGGCGUCGCGCCUGACCGUGGGCACGGCCGGGGUCCCGCUGGGCUCCUACACCAUGGAGGUGGUCGUGUACCACUACCGGGGCCGCCAGAAGUUCAUCCCCAUCGGCAGAGCCAGCUCCCAGUUCAGCAUCACCGACCAGGUGCCGUUCACGGUGGAGCUGUCGCAGCUGCCGGGCUCUGCGGCGGGCGGGGGUCGCUUCGUUCGGAACCGGGCCGUGGCUUUCACGGUCCGGCUGCACGACCCGAGCCGCUUCCUGCGCCUGGCCGACAUCUCCUACUCGUGGGACUUCGGGGACCGGAGCGGGACCCUGAUCUCGCGCAGCGCCACUGUCACCCACACCUACCUGGACACCGGGACAUUCUCGGCCCGCCUGGUGCUGCAGGCGGCGAUCCCGCUCAGCCCCUGCGGCCCCAGCACCGCCCCGGCCCCCUCGGGGGUCCCCACGGCCACCGAGCCCCCCCCCGCCACCACCAGCAGCAGCAGCAGCAGCAGCCGGAGCAGCACCCCCGCCGGGGCACCGAGCACCGCGCCGGGGGCCAGCACGGCUCCCGCAGCCUCCGGGGAGCCGGCGGAGCCCACGGGGGGGUCGGCGGUCGAACCCUCGGACCCCGCUGUCACCGACCCCGCUGUCCCCGCUGUCACCGAUGUCACCGACCCCGCUGUCACCGACCCCACUGUCAGCGAUGUCACCGACCCCGCUGUCACCGAUGUCACCGACCCCGCUGUCACCGAUCCCGCGGUCACCGAUGUCACCGAGCUCUCGGUGCCCUCCGCCACCGCCACCGCCCUCGCUGCCGCCACCGCGGCCGGGGACACCUCGGGGACACCAGCUGCCGCGACGGACGGAGGCGCGGCUGAUGUCACAGCUGGAGCGGCCACAGCUGGAUCAGCGGCCACAGCUGGAUCAGCAGCCACAGCUGGAGCGGCCACAGCUGGAGCGGCCACAGCUGGACCUGCCCUCGAUGCCACCGCUGCAGCCACGCUUGGUGUCACAGUGGGUGCCACCGUGGGAGCCACCGUGGGAGCCACUGCGGUGUCCCUGGCCGCUGCCACAGCUGGAGCCACAGCUGGAGCCACAGCUGGAGCCACAGCUGGAGCCACGGCCCAGCCGCUGGCACUGGUCAAGCGCCAGGCCCCGGCCGAGAACUUCCCCGGUUGUGUCCUGUACCGCUACGGCACCUUCGCCACGCAGCUGGACAUUGUCCAGGGCAUCGAGAGCGUGGCCAUCGUGCAGGUGGUGCCCGAGGGCGGCGGCAGCAGCGUGGAGCUGACGGUGACCUGCGAGGGCGGGCUGCCCGAGGAGGUGUGCACGGUGGUGGCGGACGCCGAGUGUCGCACGGCCGAGGAGGAGCGCUGCUCGCCGGUGUCGCCGUCGCCGGGCUGCGAGCUCGUGCUGCGCCAGGACUUCAACCGCUCCGGCCUCUUCUGCCUCAACGUGUCCCUGGCCAACGGCAACGGGCUGGCAGUGGCCACCACCCGGGUGGCCGUGGGAGGAGCCGCUCCGGUCACCGGCCGGACCACGCUGUUCGUGGGGCUCGUGCUGGUGGCGGCCGCCCUGGGCACGGCUGCGUUCACCUACAG